AUGCCUUUCAUCAAUUAUGCUUCAAUAUAUUCUCUUUUGGUCAUUACCAUUCUUCGAGUCUACACAUGUGAAGCCAUAGUAAAGUUCAAUGUGACAGUUUCCGCUUUCUUCGCCUUUGGAGAUUCCAUACUUGAUUCAGGAAACAACAACAACCAACUUACACUUCUUAGGUGCAAUUUCCCACCGUACGGAAGGGACUUCAUGGGAGGAAAGGCAACUGGAAGAUAUUGCAAUGGAAAGAAUCCUGCUGACAUACUUGUGGAAAAAUUGGGACUCAAAGAGGUUUUGCCGGCAUAUCUUGAUCCAAAUAUACAAAGCAAAGACCUCCUCACAGGAGUAAACUUUGCUUCGGGCGGGGCAGGAUAUGAUUCUCUGACAUCUGAGAAAGUGUCAGCUAUACCUCUAACAAAACAAUUACGAAUGUUCGAAGAAUACAUGGGAAAGGUGAAAGAGUUUGUUGGAGAAGAAGCAGCAAGGAAAAUUACAGCCAAUAGCGUAAGUAUGGUAUCAGCAAGCAGUAAUGACAUUGCCAACACAUAUUUUCUCAAUAGCUUCCGGCCAGAAUUCAAUAUUUCUGGUUACACCGAUCUUUUGGCUGCCUCAGCUUCAGACUUUCUUGAUGGACUAUAUAACCGGGGAGCACGAAAGAUUGGCGUCUUUGGGGCACCACCGUUAGGAUGUCUACCAAUUAUAAGAACUUUUAAAGGAGCGGAACACAGAAGUUGUGUAACAAACCUCAACGAAGCAGCACAAUUGUUUAACUCUAAGCUGAAAGUAGUGCUUCAUAACCUCAAGGCAAAAUAUCCCGAUUCCAGGAUUGUCUUGAUUGAUGACUACACCAUUGUGAAUGAUAUGAUCCAAGCUCCGGAGACAUAUGGAUUUGAAGUUAGUGACAAAGGAUGCUGUGGUACGGGAACAUUUGAAGUAGGAAUUCUUUGCAAUCAGUGGACUCUGAAUUCAUGUUUUGAUGCCUCCAAGUAUGUUUUCUGGGACAGUUACCACCCAACAGAAGCAGCCUAUAGAGUAGUCGUGGAUCACGUCUACCAAAAUAUUAUAAACGGGUUGUUAUUGUGA